AUGGCUGACGUACCGCCUCCUUCACUGUCCGAACUCAUGCGAAUGGUAGCUGAGCUACAACAAGCUAAUCAGCGAAUGGCUAACGAGAACCAAAUAAUGGCUGCUCAAAUUGCUGAACUAAAUCAUGCUCGGAUUGAACACAACGAUGCUCAUCGCCAACAGGCGGAGGACGAGGAACAUCAGUCCCAACCGACUCAUGUUUCAGAAACUGCUCGACACGAAGAGCAGCAGCCCGAAGACGAGAAAGAAGAGUCCGAGGACCCUGUAGGCCCCUUUACAAAAGAAGUAAUGAACUUCGAACUGCCGAAGAGGUUCACUCUGCCGUUGACUCUCACGCCUUAUGAUGGACUCGGAGACCCGAGGAAGUUCCUAAAGAAAUUCCGAUCAAUAAUGAUCGUCAAUGGUUCCAUUUCGCGUUUUCAUCAGUUGGCGAAGUUAUUUGAAGAACAUUUCGCCGGAUCUGCAAUAUACUUGCACGAUUCCGAUUACCUGAACACUAUCAAGCAAGGACCAAACGAAAGCUUAAAGGACUAUAUGACUCGCUUUACCAAGGUCGCAAUCAGCAUACCAGAUCUCCACCCCGAGGUCCAUCUCCACGCAAUUAAAAGCGGCCUCCGACCUGGGAAGUUCCAGGAGACGAUCGCAGUAGCAAAACCAAAGACCCUAGCAGAAUUUCGAGAGAAAGCAAAAGGACAAAUUGACAUCGAGGAGCUCAGACAAGCUCGGAAGUCUGACAAGUCACACUUCCGUGAAGAAGAUAAGAGCUCAACCAUUAAGAAAAGUUUUAAACUAACACCUCGAUUUGAUUCUUAUACGCAGUUUAACACUAAGAGGGAAGACAUAAUCAAGGAGAUCUUGAACUCCAAACUAAUUAAGCCUCCAAGAAAGGCCGGCACAUACCAGGAUACAAAGAACGUGGACAAGUCAAAGUACUGCGCUUUCCACCAGAAACACGGCCAAAAUACCGAUGAUUGUGUGGUCGCCAAAGAUCUCUUAGAACGACUAGCAAGACAAGGACACCUAGACAAAUACAUCGGUGGUCACAUCCAAAAACGCGGCCCCAGUUCCACAACAAACGACCUCUCUGAACAACACCGAGGAAAAGAGAAGGCAUCUUCAAGCCAAUAUGAAAGACCACGAGGUAUAAUCAAUUGUAUUUCAGGAGGAUAUGCAAGUGGGGGAUACUCAAACUCGGCAAGGAAAAGGUCGUUCAGAGCAAUAUGCUCGGUAGAAGGACCGAAACAAGAUGUAGCAAUCACUAACCCACAACCAGAAGUCACUUUCACACAGGCCGACUUUAACUCCAAUAUACAAAAUUUGGACGACCCUGUGGUAAUCACCCUCCAGAUAGGGGAUCUAUUAGUGAAAAAAGUACUCUUGGAUCCCGGGAGCAGUGCCGAUGUUCUGUUUUAUUCCACAUUUCAAAAGAUGAAGCUCAGCGACAACGUGCUACAGUCCACAGGAGGAGACUUGGUCGGCUUCUCGGGAGAACGAGUUCCAAUACUCGGAUCAGUGUGGUUAGUGAGCAACCUCUUUCAAAAACUAAUGAUAUUCAAUAUUUAG